AUGAUAGCAGGGUAUGAUUACUGCCAGAAGCCCUGGGCCCAGAGGAAGGGCAGAGGGCAGACCCAGCCCACAGAUGACGCGAAACCCGGGCUCCGGGGUGGGUCGCUGGGCCCUGGAGUGGGCAAGGAUGCUCCCAGCCCCGCGGCCUCGCGUUGGCGCUGCAGGAAACGCGCCCCAGAGCGAGGAAAGGCUGAGCAGUAUCUGGCGCGGGACUGCUUGGCCUGCAGCCGGCGCGCCUUACAAGGGACUUUCCUUCCCCAGGGCUCCUGCGAGGGGUGGGGGCCUAGGGUUCCCGGGCGGCAUCCCGGUCCGCCGCCCCGGCAGCGGCGGGAAGGGGCCAACCCUAAGAGCGAACCCCUGGAGAGCGGCGGCCCCGGACCAGGCACUGCCGAGGGCCCUUUACCCUCUGACGACUGCAAAUCCCACCCUACCCUUGACGGGAAACUCUCUGAGCCUGUCCAGGUCAUCAACCCCAGGGACCAGAUGGAGGCUCUGCUGCUCAGGAGCCUGCCUGGCUUCCAGUGGUCUGGAGUGGACUUAGGCUCCAGCCCAUAUCUGAUCAAGGCCCUGGGAAUCCUAGCCACAGUUCAGGCUCCUGAGCAGGCCUUGGCAGCCUUCCAUAGCUCAUCACCGACGUCUGCCCCCUGCCUAGACAUGCUGCGCUCAGGGACUAUUCCGACAGGAGAGGACGCCCCGCUGCAGCUCCCCCCAGUGCCCCGGGUGAAUGAACGGCAUGAAGGAUUAGGCGGGCACACGUUGUCUCUGUACGCAUCGCACGGCGCCCUCUGCCUGCGCCCACUGGCGUGCCCGUCGGCAUGCCCGGGCCCCUUCGAAGGCUGCUUGCUUCUGGAGUGCCAGCGGCCUCCUGGCCCAGUGCCCCAUUUCCUCCCGGGUAGAGUGAGGGAGGAGGAAGGGAAGCAGAGAGGACCGCCCCGUGUCCGGCCAGGAUCAACUCGUAGGCUUUACGAGCAGAAGAUCUUCGAGUAUGAGACCCAGAGGCGGCGGCUCUCGCCCCCCGGCUCGUCCGCUGCCUCCUCUUAUCGCUUCUCUGACUUGAAUUCGACGUCAGGGGAUUCAGAUAUGUAUGAUCUUCCCAAGAAAGAGGACUCCUUACUCUACCAGAGCAAGGGCUACAAUGACGACUACUAUGAAGAGAGCUACUUCACUACCAGGACUUAUGGGGAGCCCGAGUCUGCGGGCCCGUCCAGGGGCUUCCGCCAGUCUGUGACUUCACUCCCAGAUGCUGACACUUUCCACCACCAGGUGCGUGAUGACGACCUUUUGUCGUCUUCUGAAGAGGAGUGCAAGGAUAGGGAACGCCCCAUGUACGGCCGGGACAGUGCCUACCAGAGCAUCGCGCACUACCGCCCUGUUUCAGCCUCCAGGAGCUCCCUGGACCUGUCCUAUUAUCCUACUUCCUCCUCCACCUCUUCUAUGUCCUCCUCAUCAUCUUCCUCUUCAUGGCUCACCCGCCGUGCCAUCCGGCCUGAAAACCAUGCUCCUGGGGCUGGGCUGGGCCAGGAUCACCAGGUCCCGCUCUGGGGCCAGCUGCUGCUUUUCCUGGUCUUUGUGAUCGUCCUCUUUUUCAUUUACUACUUCAUGCAGGCUGAGGAAGGCAACCCUUUCCAGAGGGAGCCAUGAGGGUCUGGGCUUCAGAGCCAGGUCUUCUGGGGAAGUCCUAGCUGACUGCCUUAGCAGUGGGGGUGGGGGUGGGUGUGGGGGCAGGGGCAGGGGCAGGGGCAGGGGCUUUUAUGUGUUCUUGCUUGGGGGGCGCUGGGCCUAGCCCAGAGUAGUGCUUGCUCCCCCUGCCUUGUCCCACCAGGGAGGCAGCAGAUUCAGGCCCUCCAUGGGGGC